AACACGCUUUUAUAUCUUUUUUUAGAUGCUUUUAUAUCAUCAUUCAUAAAUGAAUGAUUUAGUGAAAUUGGAUGGAUGAAUGGAUAUUUGAAUGUCUUUUCGAGAAUAAAUGGACAAGCUAACAAAUUGAUGACAGAGUUUUGAUUAAUAAUGAAARGCACCGCCCCGACUAGUACAUUUUCAAUAGGCACAUCCGUCUUCRGGAAAUUAAGAACAAUUCAAAAAUACCACGCAAGAAAACUCAUUAGAAYGUAGAGAAAGAAAGAUACUUGUAGCUCAUUGUAGCACGCUUCAAGUAUCCAAAAAGGCCAAACGUACAAACUUCUUUGYCAUAACUACAAUUUUUCUAUAGUCUGCGUUGUUUUCGAGAAUACGGGUUAUGUAUUUCCGUAUCUAGCCAUCRACGAAAACCUUGGAAAUGGUGGAAAGUGGUCCGAAUGCAGAYACGUGUUAUAGAGGAAUGAAMUCAGAAGAGACUUGAACAGUGAACACAAUUUGAAUUCAAGAUGCCACACAAAAGAAACUGAAGCAAACUCGAAAAAGCAGUCUAUGUGAGACCAUAGCUCGCUGUGGGUAGAAGUAAAGAUUGCUGGAGAAUUUAAGGUUUGUUUGGGGUAGAAUAAAUUAUAGGACCGGCCAAAGGCUCGACCAUGUGCAGAAUGGCCUGAAACCGGAUCUCUCCAAAUCAACCAAUACAUCCUGAACCYCAGCGUCGUCCCGUUUUCAACUUGUAAAUACGAGUUGAUGAACAGUUUUGAUUCCUUAAAAUCACUUUAAUGAGCGAUAUUUAAGUCAUGAAUGACACUGAAGAUGGUGGAAGUUCCUCGUCUGGUUCAGUGUGGUUGGUUGUUCAAGUUGGAUUGUGGAGUUGUAUAACAGUCCUUGCUGUUACUGGCAAUGUAGUGGUUCUGAUGUGCAUCAGUUUAGGAGCCAAGCGACUUAACUCUUCUAUGUACAUCUUCUACGCAAGUUUAGCUACAUCUGAUUGUUUAGUAGGUAUGUUCUGUACGCCUCUUCUAAUGGUUUCUACAAUGUACCAAGACUGGAUCCUAGGKGAAGGUUUAUGUCAUGCUUAUGCUGUUAUCUUAUCGACCUCUGUUAACGCUUCCAUUGCCACUCUAUGCAUYAUWAGCAUGGACAGACUAAAUGCUGUAAAACAUCCAUUUGGAUACCGUAGUGGUGAUACCUACACGCAACGUUGGAAAAAACGAAUUGUGGGGGUUGUGUGGUUACAUUCAAUAUUUUGGGCARUGGCACCCCUUUUGGGGUGGGGAGAGAUCAUACGGGAUUCAGCCACAUUCUCCUGUAAGCCAAACUGGUCUGCAAAGGGAAUAAGUAACAGGAGCUAUUCGUUAUUUUUGGCGUUAUUUGCGUUUGGGAUACCUGUGGUCGCGUUGGUUGUAGUAUACUGCAUGAUAUAUCAUUAUACCAAGAAAUAUUCACAAUGGUUGAAGGAGCACGAGGGAAAACAGGAUAAAAUCCGAGAAGGUAUAAGGUUACUACGGGAAAAAGCCAUCUUUAAAACAGUUUUAGUCAUCCUAGGCGUCUUUGCAGCCUGUUGGGCGGUUUAUACUCUCACUACACUAAGCAAGAUGUUCAUCAGACGGACCCCGCCAAACUGGUUUAUCCAGUUAGGUCUUAUAUUAGCCCUCUCGGGAAGCUGUACCAAUCCAGUUAUCUAUGCCGUCCGCGACAAACGUCUAGUGAGGGARUUCUUUAAUCUGCCCUACAUUCGCAAGUGUCUUUGUAUGAAUGACGAGGCGAUUUCAGACUCACGUGACCAGCUUGGAUAUUCAGCAACACAGACCCAGCGACUCAGUGUCACAAACAUCAAUAUUAUUAACAGAAGUCCACUUGGGAGCAGAGAAAAACUGUACAAAAUACCCGAGAAUAUUACUAACAGCCAAAUUAUGAAGAGAAAAAUUAUUGAAGAAAGUGUUCCGUUGACAAUACGGAAUGAUUUAACACAAGAAAUAGUUGAACAUAUGGAAGAGACAAAUUUAUGAUGAAAAUAUUCAGUUAAGACUCAUAAGACUCAUAAACUGUUUAUAGACGUCCUUUGUGACCUUGGUACACAAAGCAAAUGAGGCCCUAACACAAGGGUACCCUCUCUCAAUGUAUGGGACUGCGCAAUAAUUAUCAGGAGGGGGAAUGAGAAUCCAGAGGAGGGGACAAAAUCUAAUCAAAUUCAUGUGCUUAAAGAGGGGAGCACAUCUAAAAUUAGCUAGAACUUUAAUUGAAAACUGAAAAAUCAACGGUGUCAGAUUCUGUGCUUUUUGGGAAAAUACUUAUUGAAGUGGAAAACUUCAAAACUUACCAUGAAUAAUGAAUAAAUAAAUAAAYUCAGGGGGGGCAGAGCGUAAUUUAUUUUAUUUGCGAGGGGGGUAGUACUAUUACCUUUUUUGAUUUUUUGGCUCCUUCCCCCGCUCCUCCUGACAAUUAAAUAUUGCRCAGUCCCUAAGAACAGGUCAUAUGAAGGCCCUCUGGCCCUCGCUGGCCCUCUGGCCCAGAGCUUUGGUAGACUGAGCAUGAUAGAUAUGUAUUUUUCCCAAUCCUCCUGCGGCGAAAUCUAAUCCGAUGCCUAUCCACAAGAGAAGGGGGGUACAAGGUUGGGAAACUGUUGUACACAUGCUGAUACAUCAUUCGCUAUACAUUCUUAGUGUUUUCACACAUCUACAACUACUCUCCCUGGCCCUCGCAGCCGUAAUUCCGCUCGUUCCCAGGUUUCUCCCCGGGAACGAGACAGAUAUCGGCUGCGAGAGGAGGGUACACUACUGAACGCAAGCCAUUAUUAAAAGGCUGAAAUCCAGCUCCGUUUUGUUAUUAGUUAUGAAGUCAUAUUGAUGAAAACAAAUCUUACGGACCAUGAUGUAUAUUAUGGCGCCAUUGUAAAUGACAAUUAAAUUAUAAAGCCAGGCAUUGCGUCUACAAAUGUCAAUUCUGUAAAAGUUAAGUUAGGAAAUUAGAUUAAUUAAAGCUUAUUUAAACAUCAA